CACGCGUGUGUAGGAACAGCAUUUGAUUCAUUCAUAUACGCCAACGGUCUCCUUGCCUAUAAAUAGGCAACUAUGUUAGCCUUCAAACCCCACUGCUUGCAUUUAACCUACGUGCAAACAUAUAGGCAUUGCCAUUGCCACCUUCUCCGUCUCAUUCAUGGAUAGUCCCACUACUCAAAGGCCAAACAAGGAGUUUGGUCGUGCUUGGGUAAAAUAUCACCCUAGUAUCUGGGGUGACCACUUCAUUGCAGCCUCUCCAGAUAGCAUGCAGAGGCUCGACGCACAAAAAGGACGGGGUGAAGAACUGAAGGUAGUAGUAAGGAGUAUGUUUAGCACGGUCAAUGAUCCAUUGCUCAAAAUGAAUUUGAUUGAUGCGGUUCAACGCCUCGGUGUAGCUUACCACUUUGAAAUCGACAUAGAUAAGGCAUUGCGCCAGAUACAUGAUGACCACAUCAAUGGGACUGAUGAUGGUUUUGACCUCCAAACCCUUGCUCUCCAAUUUCGGCUACUUAGGCAGCAAGGUUAUAAUGUCUCAUCCAGUGUGUUUACAAAGUUUAAGGAUGAUGAAGGCAAUUUCAGUGCAAUAUUAAGCAGCGACACACGCGGUUUAUUGAGUUUAUAUGAAGCCGCAUUCCUUGGUAUACAUGGGGACGAUAUACUGGAUGAAGCCAUUUCUUUCACCACAGUGCACCUCAAAUCUGCAUUGCCGCAUCUGAGUGCUCCCCUCACAAAGCUAGUUGAACUUGCCUUAGAAAUACCACUUCACAGGCGCUUAGAGAGGCUACAGACAAGGAGUUAUAUCUCGAUCUAUGAGGAAGACGAGGAACGAAAUGAUGUGCUACUGGAGUUUGCAAAGUUAGAGUUUCAUAGGUUGCAGUCAUUGCACCAGAGGGACCUCAGAGACAUAUCAUUGUGGUGGAAAGAAAUGGACCUCGCAGGAAAGCUUCCAUUCACCAGAGAUAGAGUGGUGGAAGCCUACUUUUGGACAACAGGAGUGUACUUUGAACCACAUUAUUCCCGAGCUAGAAUGAUAAUGACAAAGAUGAUAGCAUUUGCAACAGUUAUGGAUGACACCUACGAUAUAUAUGGGACAUUGGAGGAGCUUGAACUACUUACAGCCACAAUCGAAAGGUGGGAUCGUGGGGAUAUGGAUCAGCUGCCAGACUGCAUGAAAGUGUUUUUCAUUGCACUCUUAGAUGAGAUCGAUGCAAUUGAGGAUGAACUAACUGGGGAGGGAAAAUCUUACCGGAUAUACUAUUUAAAAGAAGCGAUUAAGGAUCUGGCCAAGGCCUACUUGGCCGAAGCAAGAUGGGCCAGCUCGGGGUACGUGCCAACCUCAGAGGAGUACAUGAAAGUUGCCUUAAUCAGCGCCGUUUAUCCUAUGCUUUUUAUUGCAUUUCUCAUUGGCAUGGGUGAAAUUGUAACAAAAGAGGUUCUUGAGUGGGCCAUACACAUGCCAACGAUAAUGAGGACUUGUUCUAUAGUGGCCCGACUGAUGGAUGACAUCCCAUCAAGCAAGCUUGAGCAAAAAAGGCAGCACGUUGCAUCUGCAGUAGAGUGCUGCAUGAAAGAGCAUGGAAUCUCCUAUCAAGAAAGUAUCCAAAAGCUCCGGGAAGAGGUUGCAAGUGGAUGGAAAGACAUCAACAAGGAAUGCCUUAAACCCACUCCAGUUCCUACGGCUGUGAUGAAUGUUAUCCUGAAUUUUACACGUGUGCUCGAAAUCAUAUACCAGCAUCGAGAUGGAUACACCGAUUCCAGCUUUGAGACCAAAGAACGGAUUAUAUUACUGUUUGUGGACCCUAUUCCACUUUAGAAUACAUGGCUUGUUGUAUCUUAUUAUGCAUCAACCUGCAGGUUUGUUGUGGAUGCCUCAAUGACAAGAACAUACUUAUAUUUGGCUUUAUUAAAUAAUGAAACCGAUAUAUAUCUUAG